AGAGCCGUUAGUAAUGAGAAGCUUUCGGGACGAGGGCGGACUCCAGGGGACGAUUUCCGGGUUUCCCUUCCUGGGCUGGGAUAGCAGCAAGAGGCAGAAAUCUCCUGUUGGUUUCCAAUAUUACAAAGUUACAUUCAGGCUCGUCAGACUUCAGUGAACAGAAGCGAUGUCUCAGUCUGGAGAGAAAGGGAAGUUCCCAGAUGCUGCAGGUUAUGUAGGGUUUGCCAACCUCCCUAACCAAGUGCACAGAAAAUCAGUGAAGAAAGGGUUUGAAUUCACCCUCAUGGUUGUAGGAGAGUCUGGUUUGGGCAAAUCAACACUCAUAAACAGCCUGUUCCUCACUGAUCUCUACCCUGAACGCUUCAUCCCUGGUGCUGCAGAGAAGAUUGAGCGGACGGUGCAGAUUGAGGCAUCAACUGUGGAGAUUGAGGAAAGAGGAGUAAAGCUUCGCCUCACUGUUGUCGACACCCCUGGAUACGGCGACGCCAUCAACAGCCAGGACUGUUUCAAGACCAUCAUCCAGUACAUUGACAAUCAGUUUGAGCGAUACCUUCAUGAUGAGAGCGGGCUGAACAGAAGACAUAUAGUGGACAACAGAGUGCACUGCUGCUUCUACUUCAUAUCUCCCUUUGGACACGGUCUCAAGCCUCUGGAUGUGGAGUUCAUGAAGGCCAUCCACAGCAAGGUCAACAUAGUCCCAGUCAUUGCCAAGGCUGACACACUGACGCUGAGAGAGAGGGAUCGCCUGAAGAGGAGGAUCCUGGAUGAGAUUGCAGAGCAGGGGAUCAGAAUCUAUCAGCUACCUGACGCUGACUCUGAUGAGGAUGAGGAGUUCAAGGAGCAAACUAGAGUCCUGAAGGCGAGUAUUCCCUUUGCCGUGAUUGGCUCCAACCAGCUGAUUGAGGUGAAGGGGAAGAAGAUUCGUGGUCGUCUCUACCCCUGGGGAGUUGUUGAAGUGGAGAACCCUGAGCACAAUGACUUCCUCAAACUACGCACUAUGCUUGUGACCCACAUGCAAGAUCUCCAGGAGGUGACUCAGGAUCUGCACUAUGAGAAUUUCCGCUCAGAGAGGCUGAAGAGAGCUGGCAGGGCUGUGGAUGAGGACGUGGUUGAUAAGGACCAGAUCCUGUUACAGAAAGAGGCUGAGUUGAGACGCAUGCAGGAGAUGAUCGCUCACAUGCAGGCACAGAUGAAGAUGCAAUCAGACGAGUAAAAGAGUGGGCGUAGAAGGGAACCACACACACACACACACACACACACACACACACACACACACACACACACACACACACACACACACACACACACACACACACACACACACAAAUACACCCGGUCUUCCUAUAAAUCCAUCCCUUCCUUCUGCCAAUGUGAAGAUCCACAAGGAGUCCAGGUAUCAAGGAUCACAUAACCUUUACCUGCACACCACCACAAACAACACCAUUUCCUAUUCUUUUUCUUCUCCCAAACAUCCAUCCAUCAGCUGUUCAGGAGCUCACAGCUCUGUUCACAGCACAUGAAUGUGAUUGUCCCAUUUUUCUUGUACUAGUUUGAUGUGCUGGACUUGGCAAAAUCAAAAUGUGUGGACAAAAAAAAAAGACUGAAUAUGGGAUGAUCAUGAAUGACAUAUCAGUUAUAUAGCAUUUUAAAUUAACUGUAGUUAGCAGAGUUGUAAGUACGGUACUAAGAUAUUUUUCAAUCACACUAACAUGUUUACAAAAUAAUGUGUGCAAAUUGUGCUUUUUGUUCAGGUCCAAGUAUAUGCCACCAUACUCUCUGUACAUGGAAUGCAGGUUAAGGCUAAGUGUAUUGGUUUGUCAGCGAGUUAAAUAUAUUGCGUCUUUUGUUUGUUGGUAGCUUAAGAGUGGUUCAGAAGCCCAUCACUUUUACCUCUUAAGGGUUUCAGACUUUCAGUGCCUUCAGUGCUUUAGUCUGACUAUGCAAAAGCUGUAAAUGUUACUACAGUCAAAGAUAAGUGUGCUUAUGAACGAGUUGAAUUGUCUAUGACAAGAACAAGAAUGCUGUUUCAAGGCCAGAUUUUGACCUUAAUUAUGUUCAAUUGGAACCUGUGUUUUGUAACCUUGUUUUGUAGCCGACACUAUAAUAAACCUUUUUGGUGGGGGCUUUCAGUCAGUAAGCGACUUUAUACAGGAAAUAAAACUAAUAAUUAUCCACUGCAACAGCCAAUUACCAGAUUUAUCAAUCAAUUAAAGGCUAUGUUGUUAAUAUUGUUAUAUUUAUCAUCAAGAGCUGCUUAAUUUUGAUAGCUGUGCCAAACUACAAACUACAGACUGAAAACUAAUCAUAUUAUUCAGUCAAGUUACUUAAGUAACUCGUGUCCGUAUGUGUUCGUUCAAUAUUGUUUAAUGUGUUAAAUGUUUUUAUUGUACACUACAUGUGCAGUCUUUCAUUGUAUUGUGUUUGAGCCUUUGCCUGUUCACAAAACACAAACUAUAUCUAUCCAACUGUACUGCGUGUGAACACCCUCCAGCCUUCUGUGAGCAGCAGACUGAACUUUUCUUUAUCAAUGCAAUUAAAUGUAUAACUGGUAUUAAUUUUUCUUUUCUUUUCUUUGUUAUGCAAAUGUGUCAUUUGGAUUUAAGACACCCAGAAUUGUUGUUUCUUAACCAUAUCACAGUAGAAAGUUGUUUUUAAACACCGCCCUUUUUUGUAUUUCUCUCUUAAUAAAACUUUAGAAAACAAAAGU